CGGAGGGAUGUCCCCCGAAGGCGAACUGCGAGCCCAGCGGCAAAGAGGUCGACUGCACGCCGGCGAAAACGCUGCAGGAAAUUUCCAACUGGUAUAAGAACAUUCUAGCAGAGCAGGGGGAAGAGGCUGAGCCGGUCGCGCGAGAAAGGAUGGAAGCGCUCAAACGGGGCACGUACGAAAUGCUGCAUCGAUUUUCGGUCGGGAGCGGGGGGCGACGCUUGAGCACCUUUCCGGUUAAUCGGUUGUUUGCGCAGGGCAUAUCGAAC